UUUUCCUGCCGUUAAUCUUGCCGAAAAUUUCGAUUUGCGCACACCGCUUGCGCAGUAUGUGAUUACGGGACUCCGGGGUUCAGGAGGGUGCUGAAAAACCGCUGUACGAAAACAAAAUAUUAAUAGAACGUUCGUGAAAUGGCAGCCAGAAUUUUGAAAAACAUCACUAGUGCCUCCACACGUACAGUGGGCUCCCGGUUUUACAGCGGCGAGAUCAAGAAAUGUACCAUCAUUCCUGGGGAUGGUAUUGGGCCCGAGAUUUCCGCAGCGGUUCAAAAAAUUUUCGCUGCCGCCAAUGUUCCCAUUGAAUGGGAAUCGGUGGAUGUCACCCCUGUUAAGGGCCCCGAUGGCAAGUUUGGGAUCCCCCAAGCUGCGAUUGACUCAGUCAACAGGAACAAAAUAGGGCUUAAAGGCCCCCUUAUGACGCCCGUUGGCAAAGGACACAGGUCCCUCAACUUGGCCCUGAGGAAAGAGUUCAAUCUGUAUGCCAAUGUGAGACCUUGCAGGAGCUUAGAAGGAUAUAAAACGCUAUACGACCAUGUGGACGUUGUAACAAUCAGAGAAAACACCGAGGGUGAAUAUUCCGGAAUUGAGCACGAAAUCGUAGACGGCGUUGUGCAAAGCAUUAAACUAAUUACUGAAGAUGCCUCAAGGCGUGUUGCCGAAUUCGCCUUCCAAUACACCAAAGACAAUGGCCGGCAUAAAGUGACCGCAGUUCACAAGGCCAACAUCAUGCGCAUGUCCGAUGGGCUUUUCUUGCGGUGUUGCCGCGAAAUGGCCGAGAAAUACCCCGACGUAAAAUUCGAGGAAAAAUAUCUAGACACCGUGUGUCUCAACAUGGUGCAAGACCCAACCCAGUAUGACGUUCUGGUGAUGCCCAACCUUUACGGAGAUAUUCUUUCCGAUAUGUGUGCGGGUCUUGUAGGUGGCUUGGGCUUGACACCAUCUGGCAACAUUGGACUGAACGGCGCAUUGUUUGAAUCUGUUCAUGGAACUGCUCCCGAUAUCGCCGGGAAAGAUCUCGCAAAUCCUACUGCUCUUCUCUUGUCGGCCGUCAUGAUGUUGAGAUACAUGAACCUCAACCAAUACGCUUCAAAGAUCGAGAAUGCGUGCUUUGAGACGAUCAAAGAAGCGAAAUAUUUGACGGGUGAUUUGGGCGGGAAAGCCAAAUGUUCGGAAUUUACCAAUGAGAUUUGUGAAAAAAUUGCCGCUUCUUCGUAGAGAUGUAGAAGUCAGACGGUGUAAAUAAUAUAAGUUUUCUUUUAUAGAGAUUUUUACUGUACAUAAUUUCUUUAAGAAAUCAAACUAUUUAUUGCCUUUGUUGAUUUGAUAGUAGUGUUGUAUAAAGUGUUUCAGUAUUAAGGUAUUAAACACGUUGCAAAUUUGUGAACGUUAGUUUCAGACAGUUUGUUGUUAUAAAUGACAAUUGAGGUCAAUAAAAGGGCAGUUUUCACUAAUCACUUGGAUUUCGAAUAAAAUUAUGCAGUAGUGAUUUCGUUUUAAAUAAUUUAUUAUGAUGUAAUAAAAUUCUCAACAAUA